CCGAAGCUUUUUUUUUUGGCCACUCCAAAUCCAAAUGGCUUCUUCUCCGGCUAAUCUUAUUUUGAUCUAACAAAAAAAAAGAUAAAAGUAAAAAAAAGGAAGGUCAGAGAUGGCGAUGCCGCUGGGCAUGGCGAUGUAUCUGAUGAGAAUGGUUUGGUUAUCUCUGAGUGGUUGGGUCUUCACUUGCGUGGCUAUCGCUGACGAGAUUGCUGGUUCUCUUAGAAACGGAGAUAUUGGUCCUUUCCAUGUCGGUUGAUCCCUAAUUCCAAGAUUUUCUUUUAGCUCCUCCUUCUCUUCUGUGUGCGUAUAUCUUCUUCCUCCUCUUCCCCUAAAGUUUACGUUUUUUUUUUUUUUUUUGUGAUUGCUCUGUUGUUUUUGAUUAGAGUCGCUUCAAGUACAACCCUCAAAAUUGAGAAUAGUUUGAGGUUAAUAGAAAUAGAUCAUAUUUGUUCCCAAAAAGGAACAAUUUAUGACUUGGAAGUGAGUGGUAUAUGUAUUGAGUCACUCAGUGUCUGUGUAACUAAUGUUCUGCUUCAUAUAUGAGACUGUAUAUUAUAUGGUUUCCAUGGAUGUUGAUGAUGCUUGUUUCCUUGUUA